GUAGUCCUGUGAAUGCUUUGUGCUAGUGUGGUGUUAGAGAAAACGUUGCCUUGGUUAGGUUCGUUUAAAAUCGUUGCUCGCGAGAUAACCGUGAAAGAAAAUAUAAUAAGAGAACAAAGAAUACAUCGAAAAUGUCAGAAAUUGACGCAAAAGUUAAUAUGUCGCUCGGUAAGUGGCUAGAGUCCCGAAAAUCUACAGAUUUUGCUGAUAUUCCUGGGUGAGCGUAUGGCUGCAUUCUUUCCUUUGCACUACACAAAAUGGCGGUGAAAUUGCCCGGACGUAACUACGUAAUGUUUCUUUCCAUUCCUUUCCAAUCGAACGCAAAAUCGAAAAAAUACGACCUACGAGAACGAGACAAUUUCUGAGCGAACACGAAGCAGAUUGAUUCUUUUCGCAUUAAUAAUAUGACUUAAUUAUUUAAUCCGAUACUGGGAAACAUUGCGCAACAGAAAGAUGUGAGAAAGAGCGAAAUCAGAUCAUUUCUGAUCUACUGGGCAACUCACCGAGAAUGCACAAAUGACUCAGCCUCUAUAAAAAGCAAUUUUCUGUCGUAUUUGCGUAAUAAAAAUUCUAUUUUCGUGGAUAUUCCAUAUCUACUAUUAUUUUGAAUUAUCACUUCUACCAAGAGCAUAGCUUAUGUAUUGAUACACAAGAUAACAAAUAUGGUCAUUUUUUGUGAAGGUCAUACACGAGGUGUAGAAAAAAAAAAAAAAGUACCAUUAUUGGUGAAAAUUUAUUGCAAUGAUCUCUCAAAGACAAAGAAUCUUCUCAUCAACGAAAUAUCGAUAUAUCGAAUACAAAAUUGGAAGACCAUGCAACAAGAUAUUUUUAUCUAUCUAGAUAAAUGGCGCACAGUUCACCAAUGAAGUAUUACAUUAACUUCUUUGCAAUCUGUUGUGACCAGAAGAAAGAAGAAAUAAUGAAUUCUAUAUUUUUUUUGAGUAUCCAAAUAAUAUGAUAUUUCACAAUAUAAUGAUAUAUAAUAUAACCAACAGGGUCUCUAUCUAAAGGAUGAUAUAUUUUGGGGAAAAAAAAAAAAAUAAAAAAAAAAAAAAAAAAAAAAUAAAAAAUAAAAAAAAAAAAUAAAAAAAAAAAGAUUUCGUCAACUUUACUUGCAACUACAUAAUAUCAAAAAAUAAAAUGUCUGUAGUGGUUUGUACUACAUAGUUAUUAUAACUGAUGGAUAUCAAGCAUUUUGUCAUAUUAUCAUUUUGUAAUAUUCUUCCAUAUAAAGAGUGUCUGUGUUCUUUAAUAUUAUAUAACAUGGACAAUUAAAAUAUAAAUCUGCAUACAAUCUUAUAAAAUGUUUCUGAUAAGAGUGAAUUUUGGUGUUAAGAUAAUUUAAUUAAAAAGUGUCAAAUGUUGUCUGAAAUAGAGAGUAGAAAAGUGGAAACAAUCUACAAUAUACAAACUAUGAAUUCAAAUCAUGCAUUGCAACAUGUUUAAAUAGCCUUCACAUUAAGCCGAUACAUCUCUGGAAAAAAGUAAGAAUGAAAUAAUAUGCAACUGAAUCCUUGGUGUUUACUGCAAUAUAUAAGCAAACUAAAAGAUACAAAAAGAGUCAAUGACUGGAAUAUUCUUCGUGGGAAACAGACAAAUCAUGUGUCUUUAAAUCGCCAAAUUUAUAUAUUACGCAGUGAAUAAAUUGAAGACAAACCAAUAUGAACUGUUUACGAAGAAAUAUUUUGUGAAAUAUACGAAGAAUGAAUUGAAGAAUUAAAUAUUGGGAACAAUAUUAUAGAUCAAAAAUAUAUUCUGAAUUAUAAUAUAUCCCAGAUAUAUAGAUCUUGAAUGAAAAAUAAUAGUAAUAGAUAAAGAAAGAAAGAAGAGAUUAUUUGGAUCGCUAGGACUUUCCAUCAUAUACCGGACAUGGAUUAUAAAUAUUGAUCAUUGUAGCUGUGUUAUUUUAAAAGAGAUGAAAAUUAUGAGAUCAUUAAGAUGGAGAAAAAGGAAAAAAAGAAAAAGGCUAAUACAACAAAUGGAAAAGCUGGUCCUAAACGCAAUCGAGGGAAUGCACGAGGACGAAAUGGACUUAGAGGCAGAGGUGCAAGAACUAAGCGUAAUAUUGGCACAUUGAAGAAAGAACAGAAAUGGCAGCGUGGUCAAAAUGCCAAUCUACGUGGUAGUUUUACCAAAAAACGUUAUAACAAGAAUGGUGGAGUUGCUUCACAAAAUAUACUAGCUUCAAAUCAAAAAGCUAAUAUAAGAGGAAAUAUAAAUGUACGCCGUGGUCGUGGAAAUCGCUAUGGUUUAACCCGUAGUCGAAGUAGAACGAAUUUGACUUUUACGAAAGCUGGAUUUUUUACUGCUAAUAAAACUACACUGAAAAGAACAAACAGCGUGGGUAGUGUUAGAGAUCCAACUUCCGUUCACAAUCGAUUAGGAUACCAAAGUCCAGCACAAAUUGCUUAUCGAAAUCACGUUAAAAGAGCUAAGCAACUUCUUCUUCAGAGACAAAAUCAACGGCUUAACUUCCAGAAUCAAUUUAGAAUGUUACAAGCAGGAAAGUCUUCGAUUUCACUACAGCAAAGACCAUUAGAACGGCGACAACAAAUUUUAACAUCUCAAAGAAGAUUUACUACUGGUGGAUUACGUUCAGAUCAAAUUGCACGUGCUCAAAGAAGAGCUCAAUAUGAACAGAAACUUAUGAGGAUCAACUCUGCACGGAUCACACCCUCAAACGUCAAUUUCAUGUGCACACUAGGCAAUGAUUAUACACCAAAUACGCAUGAACAUUCCAUAAGCCUUGCACAGAAUAGAAAUGAAAGAAGUAUGAGCGGUCUUCAUCAACUGCUAAGAGGACGUUCACCAAUUACACAAACUAUACAAAAUUUAAACAUGAUUGGUCGAUCUCCUGUAUUUGGUCGACAACGUUCACGGUCAAGAUCACGCUCCCGUUCACGCACACGUAAUGUUCCUAUGUCUGAUUCAGGAACUGAUUUAGAUGAUCGUACUUUUAGUAAAAUUAUGUAUAGUAUAUCUGCAAGUCUUGGCGUCACAGGACGAACUCUCAAUGAUAGAUUUAGUUUUUAAAUGCAAUAAAACAAAUUCAUCUUA